CUGCUGACCUGGCACAAACAGUACCUGACGUCGGACCUCAAAGAACCUUUAAAAACACCAUUCACCUGUAGAAACCUUUGCUCAUCUGUGUUUGUUUAGCAAGCGGGACGUGCGCGACUGGGUACACCGAGUGCUUUGCGUGAACGGACAGCGCGCUCGCUUGCAUCAGCCGGCGUCCACCAGCGGUUCUUUGGAGCGACUUACAAGUUCGAGGAGUCGUGAGCGUUAGACUAGGACUCAAACUAGGAACUUUUGAUGAAUGAAAUCCACGAGAUUUCCGCUUUGUCGUGUUUUAUUGGAGUCUGAAACGCUUGACUUGCUGUGUUUGUAGACUAGGAAGUUUGCCAACGCGACACCAGCUUAUUAAAACAGGGAGAUCUCAGUCUAGUUUGCUAAAGCGACUCUUAAUUAAAGCAGGACUUGCGAUAAGGGUGGGAUCAGCUAGGGAUGAGUUACACGUGUUAAAGUGCAAGGGUCUCACUCUACCAUACACUACCUCACGAGCUGGACUUUAUCACUGCCACCCAUUUGAUAUGAGACGUGCUCGGGAUUGAAGAGGAUCAAGUUAUCCCUCUCAUACUUCUUUAUAUUUCUAUUUUCCCCUUGAAGCCAUUAGUUGAGUUCUUUUCUACACUUCAAAUCUACUCGCACCAAAGAUGUCUUGCAUGUUGCUUGGAGUAUUAAGGAGGAGAAAUGGUGUCCGUACAGUGGGGGUCCGGGCCCUUGCCUCUAUACCCUCUCUGCCCCCGUCUGUGGCUGAGUUUGUGUCAGGCGCAGCGGCCGAAUGUAAACCUGCUAAAGUGCGUGUGGUCACAGGCACACCUGAGGAGGCGGCAGAUAUUCUGGCUAACCUGGAGAAAGAGGGAAUGGUGAAAAAACUCUCCAAAUAUGAGAACUGCUGGUUGGCUCGUACUGAUCCUAAAGAUGUGGCUCGCGUGGAAAGUAAAACCGUUAUAGUCACUAAAGAGCAGAGAGACACAAUUCCUAUCCCCGCUGGAGGUGUUAAAUCCCAGCUGGGCAGCUGGAUGAGCGAGGAAAAUUUCCAGAAGGCCAGAGAGGAACGCUUUCCCGGCUGCAUGGCAGGACGCACAAUGUACGUGAUUCCCUUCAGUAUGGGUCCGGUAAACUCUUCACUCGCUAAGUUUGGUGUACAGGUGACAGAUUCUCCAUACGUGGUGGCCAGCAUGGGUAUCAUGACACGCAUGGGAACGCCUGUACUGCAGAAACUCACAGAGGGGGCGGAGUUUGUGCGCUGUCAGCACUCUUUGGGCAGACCAUUACCACUCAAAGCUCCUUUAGUGAACAGCUGGCCUUGUAAUCCAGAAAAGGUGCUGAUCUCACAUCUCCCAGACACCAGACAGAUCUUGUCCUUCGGCAGCGGUUACGGUGGAAACUCGCUCCUGGGAAAGAAAUGCUUUGCCCUUCGCAUCGCCUCUCGCAUUGCCAAAGAUGAGGGCUGGCUGGCGGAACACAUGCUGAUUCUGGGAAUUACAAAUCCUCAGGGUGUAAAGCGCUACAUUGCAGCAGCUUUCCCGAGCGCCUGUGGGAAAACCAACCUGGCAAUGAUGAAACCGGCACUGCCAGGCUGGAAGGUGGAGUGUGUGGGAGAUGACAUUGCCUGGAUGAAAUUUGACAGUCAGGGUAAGCUCAGAGCUAUUAACCCAGAGAACGGUUUCUUUGGAGUCGCCCCUGGGACAUCGCUGAAGACCAACCCUCAUGCCAUGGCAACUAUUUCCAGGAACACAGUGUUCACUAAUGUGGGAGAAACCAGUGAUGGAGGUGUGUGGUGGGAGGGGCUAGAACCACCUGCGCCUGGAAUCAAACUCACAGACUGGCAUGGAAAUUCCUGGAAAUAUGGGGAUUCUUCACUAUGCGCUCAUCCAAACUCAAGGUUUUGCACCCCAGCAAGUCAAUGUCCCAUCGUUGACCCACAAUGGGAGAGUGAUGAGGGCGUUCCUAUUGAUGCCAUUGUAUUUGGUGGCAGAAGACCCGAGGGUGUUCCAUUGGUGUAUGAGUCUUUUAACUGGCGUCAUGGAGUGUUUGUGGGUGCUUCCAUGAGAUCUGAAUCUACAGCUGCUGCUGAGCACAAAGGGAAGGCGAUCAUGCACGACCCCUUCGCCAUGCGUCCCUUCUUCGGCUACAACUUUGGCGACUACCUGGCUCACUGGUUGAGCAUGGAGACCCGCAAGGCCCCGACCCAGCUUCCUAAGAUCUUCCACGUUAACUGGUUCCGCAAAGAUCUGAAGACGGGCUCCUUCCUGUGGCCAGGGUUCGGAGAGAACGCCCGCGUCCUCGAGUGGGUCUUCAAAAGAUGCAGCCGUACCUCUGAAGACGAGGGUGCCCAGAAAAGCAUUGUGGGAUGGAUUCCACAACAGAAUGCUAUUAACACAGAAGGUCUAGGUGGCAAAGUAGAUAUGGGUGCUCUGUUUGAUCUACCCAAACCUUUCUGGCAGAAGGAAGCACAGGAGCUCAGGACCUACUUCACCCAGCAGGUUGGGUCUGAUCUACCUGCACAGGUGGAGGGUGAGCUGAGAGCUCUAGAGGAGCGAGUCAGGGAUUGAAUAGACACUACAUUACUUUUAAAAUGAGUAAUAGGAGGGGGUUGGGGAGGUUACUGUUUUAAUGUGACUGUUGCACUGCACCAAAGAAAUGCAAAAAUACAACGUCUGUGUCAUUAUCAGUGAUAUCAAUACCAAGGUGCCUUAUUGUAUCUUACAAUAGUGAAAAGCUUUAUUUAAUGUUUACAAGCUGUUUCCCCAAAUUAUGGUUUAAGUGAUCUUCUGUUCAUACAAGUGCACAUUAUGAAUUUACAGAGCAAUAUCCCUCCUGGCAAAAAAACUUAAUAGGUACUUUUAAUAAUUUUAUAUCAUGGGUUUUUAAGGAAAGCACCAAUAUCACCUUUUUUGUUUUUAAACUACUGGCUACCCACUGAAAGCUAUUUUUAUUAUUAUUUUUAAUUUGCCUUUUAUCAGUUGAUCAAUGAUUGACAUAAUUCAGGUUUCUACUAACUAAUGUUGAAGGAUCUGGACCAAAGAAAACUGAGAUCUCAGUUAUUAAAUGUGUGUAUGUUUUUUACCUGGGAUGAUGGAAUAAAAAAGGUUUAAGUGA